UUCUUUACCCAGCAUGCAUUCGGGUAAUUUUGUAAUGGCGGAUCUUUUUCAAGUCAAAAGAGAGGAGAAUUCAUAACAAAAAUUUCAGCAUAGUUCCUGAACAGCUCUUAUACUGGAUAAUUAAGUUAACAUGCAUACGUUAUAGUAUACUACCCAAGCUCAUCACGUGAAAUAAUGGAGCAGCGUUUGUGUAGCGGCUUUACGAGACUGUGUUUAUUGUUGUUCUAUGGGAUGUCUGUAGGUUUGUCACAGCAAAUGGAGACAAACCCGGAGGUUUUAGUGGGGAGAUCCAUCGGUGCUUUGACAAAAGGCAUUGCGUAUUAUCAAGGACUUGAAUCUAAGGGUCGCGUUCGUUCUGAGGAGCUAUUAGGACUAAGGAUAGCAUCUGAUUCCUUGCAGUGGGUCAUUGAUGACUGCAUAAAAAGCCCUGAAAUAUAUGUUCCAAUAUAUCUUCUUGAGCAAAUGAAGAUGUUAUGUGCAAAGCUUAACGUCCUUGUUCCAAGAAUAGUCAACAUAGACAAACCAAGGAAUCUCACAGCAGGAUUUAGCAACUUCUUGGAAAAUUCUGUGGAGCUGUUUCAGUCUUUUAGGGGAAUCAAUGUUGAUAAGGAAGAUAGAAAGGAAAUUCGACCAAUUCAAUCAAGCUCGGUUCCAUCAUUAACACUUGUUCAGUCCUGUAUUGGAGAUCUCUCUUCUAAAAACCAAACAUGUAACCUACCACCAUAUUGUUGGGCAGCACUACAGCCAGGAGCUUUUCCUGGAUCGAUGGUUACUCACCAAGCUAUGUUACUACUAAAAGUGAUGGUGUCAGGCUGCUCCAAGAAUGUGAAUGGCAAAUGGAAAAGCAUAACUGUGCAGGAGUUAGCAGAUGGAAUAUGUUUUUCAUUGUACCCUAGAGUGUCAUCAUUUCACCAGUCGGGGUUCCUUCCAGAUGAAGAGACCAUGAUGUUUUUAGACUCUUUCUUUGCUUGCAGUUUACUUGGCUUUGAGGACUUUUUGCAUGUGGCUCACAUGAGAAUAGCAGCAAUUCUCGAGAGCCAAUUGUCAUCUGGAUGUUUUGGAUUUAUGAGGAGUUCAGAAGGGCAAGAUACUGAGGAAUGCAUUCCACGCAUGACUAGUGCAGCCAUUGGAACCUUGGCACUGUACGUUAGAUGGUUGCUUCACAGCAAAGGAUAUGCAAGUGUAUAUGGAAACCUGCCAUUUAAGGUUCCUCCAUGGGCGUCAUACAUCAAACUAUUGCUGCUUGUUGCUGUUAGUAUAAUUAUUUUGGUAUUUUCCAGGCGUAUUCGAAGAUCAAUUAGAAGUUUACUUGGCUGGAUCAUUUGGUUCCGUAGUCCGCAGUAAAUCAAUAAAGGACAUCACAAGUUCGCAGUUAAAGCUUCUGUAUUUUACCCUAUUACUGUGGGCAUUGAUGAAGUCAAAGAGCACUUGGUCAGACAUUUACUAACAUUAGAAAUUGAGUGCUUAGUUGAUUUUGUUAGGUAUCUUAUCCUCGACUUUGAAUGUCCUGGCUUACACAUUUGAAAAUGUACAGAAGACUCACAUUCACUCGCAGAGUUGGCCGACCCCCUUUUGGGGUUGGAGAAGCAACAUGCAAUUUAACUCCUUUAAAAAUGCUUUAUUUUUUUUUACUGACUUUAAACUCUAUUUUAAUUUAAAGUAUAUUUUAAUGCACUGUCUUUGUAGUAAGAAAAUAUAAUAAAUUUCUGACAUUGAACUUGA